AGUCGUUCUGCCUUGCUUACCGUCCGAGCGCAUCCUUUGCGGGAGUGGACGAGCUCUGCCAGGGCCAUGUGCUUCCUACCACCGCUAUAGCGAACCCUUUCAACCUCUGCCGGCCUUCCACCAACGGCGUUUGCCUGACCACCGAGCUUCCGCUGCGGUCGCUGCGGUCACUGCUUUCAAGACACACACCAUGGCCAGGCACUUGGAUGGUGCCUGGCACAACCUGCAGGGCAAUGGCAUCCCCUACCGGCCGCCUCCCACAGUGGACGAGGCAAUUCCAUACUCGCCGUUCACAUCGAUGAUACCCUUCUCGCUGGACAUCAUCCCCUUCCCCUCUGCCGGACCCCCCACGCCGCCCUCCAUCCUCACCCACAGCCAACAACAGGCUGCGAAGAGGGCCGUUGGUAUCUUGAACGACGAGAUCAACGGCCGGUCCACUGCUACACACCUUGGCAGUACCCUACGCCAGCUCCAGGCUUUGUUGAACCCAGAAGAGCUGCCAGAGUACAACUUCAAGUCGAUACCACAACUCGCAACGCCACCUUCUGAAAGCCCGACGAAGCAUGUCAAUGGCACAGGCUCGCGUGUCACAUCCUCGUUCAGUCCGUUCGCGGCUAUGCUGCUGAAGAACACCGAAGUUGCCUUCUCUCCCUUCGGCGUCAGCGCAAACGGACCACCUCGAAAGGUCGCCUCCGCACAGCAAGCCACACCUUUGCCGCAGCCACGAGCCACACCGCAAGCACACACCCCCAACAACGCCGCAUACUCUCAGAAUGCUGCGAUCCCAUAUCCGUCCAGUGCACUCUUGUCUGAAGCCAGUAGCACGCCGCUGCGCCCGGGAACAGCUGUUGUGAUCAAGCGCGCAGCCGUGAAAAGGGAAGAACACCAGCGCUUCGACAAUAUUGCGCUCACCACACCCUCGUCACAGAGGAAAGCCGGCGGUGGUACAGCGGUCCUGCGGCCACAUGAACGAGAGAUUGCCGACCGAAAGAUCGAGGAGCUUGAGGCUUUCGUGAUCAAACUGGCUGAGGAGAGGGAUGAUUUGGAUGUGACAGGAAGCUUCGCUCGACUAUCUACCGCGGACGGCGAGAUGAACGUCAUGGAAGCUCGAGCCAUGGAUCGUCUAUCUGACAAGAUGGCCAAUGUCAACAACCUCGGUCGCUUUCCUGAGCUCCCAGUCGAUUUGAUCAUGCAGAUCCAGAAGCUGCUGGAACCGAGCAUCACUUACACAGGCCAGCUCAUCCUCUUUCCACAAGAGGAGGACUGGUCUGAUGGGAUUGAAAAAGCCAGAGCAGCGCUUCAAGCUUCAAAGUUGGUCCUCGCGUCCAUGAUCGAUGGUCGCGACGACUACCGAUUACGACCCGAGGACACAAUUACCGUCAUCAUCGACCUCAUUAAGGUGAUACGCAACGAAUGCAUCAUGCCAGUGGUGCAAGCGCGCCGAUCUGACAACCUAUUCGAUGCAGCAUCUUCGCGCAGGAAAGAGCUCAUCAGUGUCCUUCGAGGCUGUGGCGCGGUACUGAGCCGCUUCGCUACUCUCAUCGGCAAAGUCAACCUCUCGGAGCGCGGUCUCAACGUUCUUGAAGACUUGACGGUAGGACUCUUGGUUGAACAGAACAGUGACUCUGAGAAGGACUCCGUGUUUGGCAUCAAGCCUUUUGAAUUGUUCAGACAGAAGGCCAUGGAUGUCCUCACGCAGAUAUUUGCUCGACAUGCAGAACAGCGACCUUCCAUUCUCAACGGCAUUCUGAGUAAUCUUGAGAAAUUGCCGGACAAGAAGGCCAGCGCUCGUCAAUUCAAGUCGGCUCGUGAGGCACCCAUCAUGUCCAUCUCCGCGCUCUUCAUGCGGUUUGUCCAAGUUGCUGCCAUGAACAGGGAAUCGCGGACGAAUCAAAGACCUGCAGAUGCAGAAGAGCAAUUUAAAGAAGAGGAGGGCAGCGACUACGAGCCCGGCACAGCCACGCUACAGACAUCGAAGCGCAAGAAUAAGAGUAGUGCGCCAGACCAGAUUGCCCAAGCGUUAGCACUCAACGCGAAUCACAUCGCAAACACUAUCACUUCCAACCUUGUCGAUAGAGCAUCAAAUGUUUCCAAGACCGGCGACAAGCCUUUCCGUAACCUGCUAGAUCUCUUUAUCGAGGACUUCUGUAACGUCCUCGGUUCUCCUGAGUGGCCUGCGGCUGCGAUACUUCUCACGAGAUUGUUGGUUCGAAUGUACAACAUGGUACAAGGAGAGCCCGCAGCGAAGCAAACCGUUGUGGACAAGGACAUGGCUCUUUCGACCAUGGCAAAGAUGGGCUGUGGCGUUAUCGAUUUCAAGCAUCGCUUGAAGCAGCUGAAGCGCGGGCUUGAUGCAUCGCAAUCCGAGCUCUCUACGAAGCUCUAUCGUCUUGCCGACGAUGCACUGACGGACAACACCAAAGAGAGCAUCAACCCCAUCGACCUGUACGAGUUUGACGGGCCUUGCCGUAUGGUCAUCGAGUCACUGAGCGACUACCUUGAGCUGCAACGAGGUCAAGAAGAUCCUCACCUUGAGUCUGUUACUGGUUGUCAUGUCACACUGUGGCUCGACGCUGUCGUUCGCACCUUUAAGGAGAGCUCUCCGGACGCACCGCGCCCGCAGGCAGCCGACGAACUGCAACGGCACCUGGAGGCUAUGAUAAUGGACUCGCGUUGGCUCGACCGCAAAUACAAAUUCCAAGUUGUUUCAGAAAAUCAAGCCAAGCUGGCAGCUGGUAUCGUUACGCUGCAAGCUGAUAUUUGUACGCGACUACCGACUAUAGUGCAGCUCAUGCUGGUCGCUACUCGAGACAAAGUCUCCUCGAAGCUGCGUUCCAGAGGCAUGACAGGCCUAGAGCAGCUAAUCGAGAAAGACCCGCGUGUAGUCAACGAGACCACGGUAGGGACUCUGGUCCUUUCACUGAAAGACAGCUCACCCAUGGUUCGCGAGCACACUCUUGGUCUGGUCGCGCAGUGCUUGGAGCACGAACCCAGCUUGGAAAGGAGAUUUUUGGAGGACAUUCUGCAACUGACUACCGACUCCUCGAACGGCCCGAAGAAGAAGGCCAUCAAACUGCUGAAAGGGCUCUAUACUGGGACAGCAUCCAAAGAGAACAAACUCAACAUCGCCAUUGCUCUUCUCUUGCCAUCACAGGACGAUGAGAAAGCUAUAGCAGAGCUGAGUCGUAGUGUCCUUGAGGAACUCUGGAUGACUCCUCUAGCUUCUGCUGCCCGAACUGAUGAGCAUCAAGUAAAGCUCGACCGCGCUCAUAGGGCAAGCUUGAUGACAGACGUUGUCCAGAGAAUACAUAAGCUGCCGCUCAAACUCGAGGCAUUUGAGAAGUUCCUCGCAUACGCUCUGUCUGGCGAAGCUAAAGCUAGGAAGUCGAACAUUCAGCUGUGCAAAGAGCUUAUCGCCGAGAUGUUCGAUAAGGUCAUCGAGGUUGACUCCACGACCGGCGAAAAGUCGCCACAAGCGAAGAUACUUGGCACCCUGAGCAUAUUCGCCAAAGUCGAUUCGACCCUGUUCACUAUGGCCCAAGUGGACGAUCUCAAGAUUCACAUCAUCGAGCCUAAACAAUCGAGCGAACUCGCUGUUAUCCAACCUAUAGUGAGAAUCUUCCGACACGUGUUUCCGACAUUACCGUUCUUGGAUCCGAAACUCGCGGAGCAUGUGCGAGCCAAUCUCAUGCGUAUCCUACAAAAGCUGGCGUGGUGGGCAAGCCAGGGCCAUGUUCCCAGUCGGGACACGUUGACUGAUGUCGCGCAUUGCUUGUGGACCAUCUGCCCGCUGGUCGACUUAGGUUUGGACAAGCUUUUCACCGCGAUGUUCAGCACCCUCUGUUCGUUGCGACCAUUAGCUUCACCCAAGAAGAAGGAAACAGUGGCGGCGAAACCCAGUACUGUAUGCUCGUUCCUUGUCUUGCUUGGUACGUUCGGUAAAGUUUGUGCUUUCAAUGAGCACACGGACAGAUUCAUAAAAAGGCUCGCACCCUACGCGCGGGAUCAGGUUCACACCAAGAAGAAGGCCACGGAAGAAGAAUUGGCCCUCUUCAUGAAGGGCUCUUCUUCAGUAUCACUCCUGCUUCUUGAGACAGUACGACCUUUUACGAUGCAGAUUUACGAUAUGAGCAUCCGCGAGCACGCUCUGCGCAGUCUAGGUGGCAUCUGUCAGCAAGCUCCGGAGCUAUUCAUGCGUAAGGAGGUUGAGAAGCUAGUCGAGGUUGUUUUCAUCAAUCAAGCGAAUGACGCCAACCAAGGCAACAAUCAGUUGGCCCUUGUAGUGCUUUCCACCUUUGAGGUGUACUUCACACGCGCCGAGCGUCGCUCCGAGACAGGUUCGUCCAUUGCUGUGGGCGAGGGCGCCGUCAACGGUUCCGCGCGCCUGGAAUCUUCCUACGCCGCGACGGCGACUGAUGCCGCCACUACGCAUGUAGCCAAAAAGUUCCUGCGAUUCUUCAAAGACAUCGCUCUCAAGAACAAUAACGAGCUGGCGGAAACAGCGACGAGCAUCAUCGCCAGUAUCAGUCGAGCGGGCUUGGAACAUCCAAAAGAAUGCGGUGCUGCUCUCGUUGCAUUGUCAACAUCCUCGAACUAUCACAUCGCUCAGGUAGCCGCUGUGGAGCACAAAAGGAUCCACGAAAAGCAGGAGUCGUACCUCGAGAAGGAGUACGUGCAGGCCGUCCGCAUGGCUUUUGAGUACCAGCGCGACGUCUUCGACGACUCGCACGGAAUGCUCGAGUCGAAAUACAGUCCCAAGCUCACCCAUCUCUUCGAUGCCCUGAAGGGUGGCAAGAAGGCUACUUUCAAGAAAUUCGUUGAUAACCUAUCGAAGCAGCUUGACUUCGACUUCGCCAAAUUGAAGACUGGCGGGGCGAUGCCUGAUGCUGUGCUGUUUGCUCGCUUCUGUCUAGAGAACCUGGGUCUGGUCGACUUCACUACACUCGAUAUGGUUGCUUCUUUCAUCGAUAAGGUCGAAGCCAUCGUGUUGAAGGACGCCGGGCCUCUGGUAGCCGGCGAGAUCGACAAGGAGAUGCCUCAACCAGCCGAGAUUCCGCAGCAGUCGUUCAUGUCGACCAAUCUUAACGAACAGCUGCAAGCGAUGGUCGUCGACCAAGGCAUAGGUCAGCCCGUCGCACCCUUUGUCCCCAUAAUGUCACAGCCUGCAUCUCUCGAGAUCAGCGACGAUCGGUUGCGAAAGUUCACAGUUGCUUGUAUGAUCCUACACAUGAUCUGGGAAACACGUACGUUUGUACGUCGCUGCUACAAUGUCCACAAAUACGGCAAUCGCAUUCCUCAGAAAGAGUACGCAAAGCCCGCGCAACGCAACAAUUUCAUCAAUGGCAAAGAUCUAUGGGACCGCCUUACGCCCAUCAUGGGUGCUCUUGACAGUCGAGAGACAAUGAUCAAGUGCUGCUACGACUUCUCCGAGCUCUUGAAUGUCGACCGGGAAGUCAAGGUUGGCGAGGACGAAGACGGACUCGAUGCCGCACUGAUGGAUGCUGGCUACGAGACACCGACAGAGAACGGCGAUGACGCACGACGAUCUGCAUCUAUCCCAACAAGCGGACGUGGCAGGAAGCGGAAGAGCAACGUGAGCUUGGGCAACACACCAAAGAAGUCACGCGGUCGGCUGCAAGGCGCAAAGAAUAAGAAGAGGAGCUCCAGGACACCGGACGACGAUGACGAUUCGGAUUAGGAACCGGAGAAGGAGAUCAUUGUCCGCAGAUCGUCGAGGAGCAGGAACAGAAGAGCAGAGGACGAAUUGUAGCGACGCAACACGAAGCAACGCUUUCGCACACGUCACGUCUCUCUGCGAACGAAUAAAAGAAACUGGUGGGGUUGAGGGCUAUUUUUCUUUAGCAUCAUUGGCGUUUCACGGGCAACAGAGAUACCCCUUGACAUGGUCAGGCUGCAUGUAUACGGCGUUUUGGCAUCAACCGUAAAGCUUUACGGUAUCGACCAUGCGAGGUUAUAAAACGUAACGCUAUUUGCGCAACGAUAGUUCAUCGGUCUCAAAACAUAAUCAAUAUAUCUAGUCAAG